AUGCACAGGGACAGAAGCAGAGGAACAGAAGCACAGGGACAGAAGCAGAGGAACAGAAGCACAGGGACAGAAGAAGAGGGACAGAGGCAGAGGGACACUUGCCUGGAAGUCUCCCUGGUUAUGAAAGCAGAAAUGCCGUGGCUCCAUGUUCCUGCAGGACACGGUCUGAAGUGCAGCGCAGAGGGAGCCGUCUGUGCGCGGAUUACCCCUCCACAUGCGCGCAGCAGACGCACAGAAAUCACCAACUCUCGCCCUGAGCAUCAGCGCCGUGAGAAGACUGCCUCUGUUGGCGACGUGCGCCUCAACGUGCAUUUGACAGACUUUCCUUCGGAAUCCCUCAAAACAACAGGCCACCUAUGA